GCUAAGUGAGAAGAAUUAAAGAACACUAAACUCCAUUACUAGUUUACAACUUUAUCCAUUUGUUGAUCAGAGAGAUAUAAACUCAAAGUAUCUUGGUUUAGUUUGAUUUGAUUGCUGUAAAGAUGUUGUUAGCAUCUAGAGAUGAAGAUGAUCGGCGUAUACGAUGUUUUCGUGGUCGUCUUGUUUGUGUUUUACUUCUACUUCAGAUGAUCUGUACUGUCAAUGGAGAUAAUGAUCAAGAGAAGAAAUUCUAUAUUGUAUAUUUGGGUGAUUCACCUGUUCUUAAGGAUUCCAUUGUUGAUUCACAUAUCAAUAUUCUCUCAGAUGUUGUCGGAAGUGAACUUGCUGCAAAGGAUUCGAUCGUACACAGUUACGUCAACAACUUUAAUGCAUUUGCCGCAAAGUUAUCACCUGAGGAAGCUAAGCGACUUGAAAGUUCGAGGGGUGUGGUUUCGGUGUUUCCCAAUCAACAAAGAAAACUUCAUACAACCAAAACAUGGGAUUUCUUGGGAUUUCCUCACAAUGUUAAGAGAAAGGUGAAACUAGAGAGCAAUCUAGUUGUGGGUUUAAUAGAUACAGGGAUUACGCCGGGAUCUGAGAGCUUUAAUGACAAAGGGUUUGGUCCUCCACCUGCUAAAUGGAAGGGAUCUUGUGGCCCUUAUGCCAAUUUUUCUUGCAACAAUAAAAUAGUAGGAGGAAGGUACUUCAAAUUAGAUAAAGAACAUGAUGAAUUAGAUGAUUUAUCACCACUUGAUGUACAAGGCCACGGGACGCACACAUCAUCAACAGUAUUAGGAAAUGUAGUAAACGGUGCAAACCUAUUAGGACUAGGAAAGGGUGCGGCGAGAGGAGCAGUACCAGCAGCAAGAGUAGCAAUGUACAAAGUAUGUUGGGCAAGUUCUGGUUGUCAAGACAUGGAUUUAUUAGCUGCUUUUGAUGCAGCCAUUGAAGAUGGUGUUGAUGUAAUCUCGAUAUCAAUUGGUGGUCAAUCUGAAAAUUACUUUAAAGAUCCGAUAGCCAUCGGAGCGUUUCACGCUAUGAAAAAAGGAAUCAUAACAGUUGCUUCAGCUGGCAAUGAGGGACCUGACUUGGCUUCGGUAGUCAACCACGCCCCUUGGAUUUUGACGGUUGCUGCUAGCGGCAUUGAUAGAGAAUACAGAAGUAAAGUUACGCUGGGAAAUGGAAAAUCUUUUUACGGAAUCGGAAUUAAUGCCGUUAGUCCAAAGCGAAAAAUGAAUCCUUUAAUUAGUGGAGCCGAUGCUGGUUUCAAUAAGUCCGACGAUCCAUCGGAAUCAAGUUAUUGCUCGGAUGAUUCUUUGGACCCAAAGAAGGUAAAAGGAAAAGUUGUGUUAUGUGAAUUACAGUCAUGGGGUGUUGAUUCUGUUGUAGCUAAAGCAGGCGGAACGGGAACACUCUUAGAUAGUUCACAGAAUCCUGAUACUGCUCAAAUUUUCAUGGCUUCUGGAACUGUGAUCAACGAGACUCUCACCAAAAUGGUUAAAAAUUACAUAAAAUCGACCAGAUCACCAUCGGCUGUAAUAUACAAGACCCAAGAAAUGAAGGUUAAAGCUCCAUUUGUGGCAUCCUUUUCAUCACGGGGGCCUAACUCUGGUUCACGUCGUCUACUCAAACCCGAUAUCACUGCACCAGGCAUUGACAUAUUGGCAGCAUUUACUCCUCUUCGGUCAAUAAGUGGUAUAGAAGGUGACACCAAGCAUUCCAAGUUCAACAUCAUGUCAGGUACAUCCAUGUCAUGCCCUCACGUCGCUGGUGUUGCUGCUUACGUCAAGUCAUUCCAUCCAGCUUGGUCUCCUUCUGCCAUUAAAUCUGCCAUACUCACCACCGCAACGCACAUGAGACCGGAUGUAAAUGCCGAACUUGCAUACGGAGCUGGUCAAGUAAACCCGAAGCAAGCAGUGCAUCCAGGAUUAAUCUACGACAUGAAUCAAUUACCGUACAUCCAAUUCUUAUGUCAAGAAGGUUAUAAAGAUGACGGUAUCAGAAUCAUUGUUGGUUCAAAAUCAGUGAACUGUUCAGAAUUACCUCCUCCAAGUGGUCAUGAUGCUCUAAAUUAUCCAACAAUGCAAGUAACUAUGAAAACAACCGAUAAGAAGCCUGUCGCUGCGGUUUUCAAAAGAACUGUCACGAAUGUCGGUCCUGCAAAAUCGAUUUACAAUGCCACCAUUGUUUCACCUAAAGAAGUAGAUAUUACAGUGAAACCCAUGAGUCUGGUAUUCACAAAAAGGUUCCAGAAAAUAAGUUUUACCGUUACGGUGAAGGGUAAAAGAGUCUCUCCAGACCAAGAACUUUUAUCUGGUUCAUUGACAUGGAAGAGUAAUAUCCAUAGUGUUAGAAGUCCUAUUCUUCUUUUUACUUCAGAUUACUUUUAGUCUGAUGUUUUUAUGAUCAAAAUAAUUAAUUAGUUCGCAGAAAUUUGAAUUAGUUAUUCAAAUAAGAAAAAAUUUGUACACAUUUUUAUGAAGCUAAUCCAAAAGAACACCAUGUUCAUUUGUACAGU